AUGGACGGGAAUUAUUUCGGGCCCCGGGAGCAGAUUCUGUGGCCGGCGUCGGUUCUUGCCGGCAUCGUCAUGUGCGGCGCUGUAUAUGAGAUGACUAGAAAGGUCAGUUCUCGAUGUUUCAAAUGUUACAAUAUGUUAAACAACACGCAAAAGGUUGAGUGGAACAAUAGGGGUUUCUCUACACUCCAUGCGUUGGUAGCUGCUGCCAUGUCUUUCUACUUGGUCAUGAUCUCUGACCUCUUUAAUGAAGAUGCGCACAAUAGCAUAAUAAUUGAUAGAAAAUCAUGGUUAUCUGAUUCCAUGUUUGGGGUUUCGAUUGGUUACUUUUUGACAGACUUGACGAUGAUCCUGCUUUAUUUUCCUUCUUUAGGUGGAAAGGAGUAUCUCUUGCAUCACGGACUUUCUAUGUAUGCAAUUGGUCUUGCUUUGUUGAGUGGCAAAGCACACAUGUACAUACUCAUGGUCCUCUUCACUGAAGUCACGACUCCCUUUGUGAACCUCAGAUGGUAUUUGGACGUUGCUGGUCAGAAGACUUGUAAUCUUUACUUAUACAAUGGCGUGGCUCUAUUUGCUGGAUGGCUGAUUGCUCGGAUAAUCUUAUUCAUCUAUAUGUUCACCCAUAUGUAUUUUCAUUUUGAUCAGGCGAGGUCCAUCUUCACCUUAGGAUUCUACAGCUUGGUGGCGGUGCCAUCGGCGGUUGCAGUGAUGAACGUGUUUUGGUUCUGGAAGAUACUCAAGGGGAUGGUGAAAACCCUUUCUAGGAGGAAGCGCAGUGAAAAUGGGAAAACAGACUAG